AUGUCGCAGGCGAAAAAGCGAUACGUGCGAAACCCAAAUUUACCUUUUGUGAGCAGAGAGUUGUUCACGAAAGCGCGCUUAACGGACGACGAGGAGAAACAGUUAUCCGCGGAGUCGUACGAGGAAGUUUUAAAGGCGAAAGCGAACGCGAUCGAGGGUUUAUUGAGGCCGUUUUAUGAUGGUGGUGACGAGGAUGAGAAGAAGAAGAAGACGAAAAGCAGAAUCGAAUUCGAAGUGUUUGCGAGUCCAAAGCUGAAACAUUUUCGGCAACGAGUACGGUUCGGCAUCUGCGAACAACAACAACAUCGAGAGCAACAACUAUUAUCAGAGGAAGAAGAGAAAGGAAAGUUCGAUUAUUGCAUCUUUGAGCGGUCUGAAAUUACGAGAAUAGAAACAAAAUUCGACAUCGCCUCGGAGUCGUUGCAAGCGAUUAUGAAUAAACUGCGCGAAGCGUUGAACGAGGACGACCGAUUCCAGUCCUUGAGAGAAGGUCGGCUCUCGGCGGUGACAUUUCACGAAAACAGGAAGAGCACGGAGUGCGUGGUAACGUUGUGGAGAGGAGAGCCGUUUCGAGAAGAUUUUGCAAAGGUGAGUGGUCUGUUAGCGAAAGAGAUUGGGGUGAAAGCGAUUGUCGGGAGGACGAAAGGCGAUAGGAGAGUGUCGAAUGAUAGUACCGAGGAUUUCGUCGUCGAAGAGAUGGAGAUUAAAGACAACGAGAGUGGCACGGGCAGAGUUUUACGAUAUAAACAACCGGAGGGAUCGUUCUCUAACCCAAACGGCGACAUCGCGGAAAUGACUGCGAAUUGGCUGUGUCGAGCGAUGGAAACGGAUGAAAUUGCAGCGCAAACGGCGAGGUCGUUCGUGGAACUCUAUUGCGGGAACAUGAACCACGGGUGUUAUCUCGCAAAAUAUUUUCCGAGAGGUAAAGUCAUAGGCGUAGAACGAGACGAGAACUUGUGCCGAGCGGCAGAAGUAAAUUUAGAGAUGAAUUCAAUAGAAAACGGAACGAUUAUAAACGCACCGGCGGAGAUUGUCGCCAGACGAUUCCUCUCCCGCCUGCGAAAGAAGAAACGAGGCGAAGAGAACAUCGAAGGCGAAGAGUACCCGUUCACGGAAAAAGAUUUUUUCCUCGUGGAUCCUCCAAGAGCUGGAUUGGAUGAAAUAACCUUAGAUUUAGCGAGAGAGUUUAAAGAUAUAAUGUACAUAUCUUGCGACGCGAGAAGUUUAGCGAGAGAUUUAGGGGAGAAGAAAUUGAGCGAAACGCAUCGAGUGAAAAGGCUCGCCGCGUUUGAUCACUUUCCGUGGCACGCGGAUUUCCUAGAAGUAGUUUGUCAGUUAGAAAAGAAAGAAUAG